AAGCAAGAUGGCGGAGGAGCCGCAGUCUGUGUUGCAGCUUCCUCCCUCAAGUGCUGCUGGAGGGGAAGGACUUACGGAUGUCUCCCCAGAAACAACCACCCCGGAGCCCCCGUCUUCCGCUGCAGUUUCCCCGGGAACAGAGGAACCUGCUGGCGACACCAAGAAAAAAAUUGACAUUUUGCUAAAGGCUGUGGGAGACACUCCUAUUAUGAAAACAAAGAAGUGGGCAGUAGAGCGAACACGAACCAUCCAAGGACUCAUUGACUUCAUCAAAAAGUUUCUUAAACUUGUGGCCUCAGAACAGUUGUUUAUUUAUGUGAAUCAGUCCUUUGCUCCUUCCCCAGACCAAGAAGUUGGAACUCUCUAUGAGUGUUUUGGCAGUGAUGGUAAACUGGUUUUACAUUACUGCAAGUCUCAGGCGUGGGGAUGAACCACAAAGAAAAUCAACUUGCUACUACAUAAAAUGGAUUUUCACGGAAGAGACAGCUCUGAAAAGUUUUGAUGCUUGUGGCAAGAGACUUAACAG